GAUCUGCCUUUUACAUUUUUUCACCUCAUAAGCAAAUUUAUCCAAAUUAAAGUCAAAUCUGUGUGACCUUGACCUCACACGCCCACGCACGCGCUCCAUAUAUAUAAACAUAUCAUAAGAAAGGGGUAAUGGGUUUUCACUUUGAGCUGUAGAAAGAGAAACAAGAGAGAGAAUCUUAGCCAUGGAGGUUUCUGGGAGGAACUGUAAAAAAUUAAGCCCAGAAAGAGGUAAAAUGUGCGUUCAUCCCAGAAUGAUCCGACCCAAAUUCAAGAAAGUUCAAGUUGUUUACUAUCUGUCAAGAAAUGGGCACCUGGAGCACCCACAUUACAUGGAAGUAACCCAUUUAGCUCAUCAACACCUUCGCUUGAAAGAUGUUAUGGACCGGCUUACUGGCCUCAGAGGUAACGGCAUGCCUUCACUCUAUUCUUGGUCUUGCAAAAGGAGCUACAAGAAUGGCUAUGUAUGGAAUGACUUAUCAGAGAAUGAUAUCAUUUAUCCAUCAGAAGGAGCUGAGUAUGUACUCAAAGGUUCUGAACUAAUUGAGGGUUGCACUGAGAAACUGCAACACCUUCAACUUGGAAAUGUUCAACAUUUUCAACCGGUACAGGACCUGAACUUCCAGCCAAAACGCAAAUCUAUAGCUCUAAAACGAUACCCUGAGCCCGAGGAAGUCGUGUACAACCAGUACCAUGUGAAUAAAGAAGAAGAUAUUAAUGCAGAAGACGAGGAAGAAGAAGACUACGAGGAGAAAACGAGCUACACAAACUCAAACACACCCCAGUCUAAAUGCUCUAGAGGAGUCUCUACAGAUGAAAUUUAUGAGUUACAACAAGAAACACAAAAAUCUGUUACCACUGAAUUAAAGAUUGGUAGAAAUUCAUUUUCAUCACAACAAAUUCAAUCAGCUAAAUUUUUGGACAACGGUAAUGAGGGAAACAAUGAAACUUCAAAGAGGUUUGAAGAUGGGGAUCCUGUUGCGAAUGAGCCAUUAUUGAGUAGAAAUUCUAUGCUAUUCAAUUUGAUUGCAUGUGGGGGCUCAACCUCAUUCAGAAAAACUGCUCCAUCACCCAAUGCGAAACAGCCACCGGAAAAUGUGGUGGCUAGGAAGAGUACUUGCGGUGGCAAUCUACAUAGAGGAGUGGUGUGCAAGGCAGUGAAAGUGGCAGUGGAGGACAAUGAAAUGAUUGGCUGUAUGUCGGAGAAUCCACGUUUCUGGAAUUUGCAAUCUGAGGAGAAAGAUUACUUCAGUGGGAGCAUUGUUGAGUCCAUGAUUAAAGAGGAAAGAGUAGAGGUUCAGCCUCAGUUCAAGAAAUCAUCAUCCUUCAAUGAAGAAAGGUGCAAAAAGGUAGGACUUGGAGGUGGAGAAGCAGCGGUGGAGGAAGUGAAAAAAGAGAAUUCAGUGAAAGGAAAAUGUAUUCCAAGGAAGAAAUCAUCCGGCAAACAGUCCAAGAAGUAACCAACAACUCAACACCGAACAGAGUUAUGAAGAGUUAAUGUCAAAUUUAUUAAACUGUUCCACUUUUUGCAAUAUUUGAGAAGCAAAAAAACCUUGGUAAAUGUCGAAAUCGUCAUGUGUGGAGAGAAUGAAGUCUGAUUUUAGAUGCUUAUAUGAGUUGUUUUAUAAGAGCUAAAAUGAAA